AUGCAGAAAUACGUGCUAAGCCUCGGCCUCAUCCCCACUUUCUACAAAUUUACCGAUGUUCUCUGCACUGAGGAGUGGGCGCUUGAGAUGGUUGUUCCUCCUGUCCUUGCCCUCAUCUUCCUGUACCCCAUCAAGCCUGCGAACGAGAUUUUCCGUCAAGAGGAAGAUGCCCGUAUCAAAGCGCAUGGGCAAAUUGUCUCGCCACGCCUGUUUUUCACCAAGCAAACCGUCGGGAACGCUUGCGGGACGGUCGGGCUCCUGCACGCUCUCCUCAACAACAAGGACAAACUCGAGUUCCGAGAGGGAAGCUUCCUGGAAAGUUUUGCAGAGCGGACGCAAGACAAGACCCCUGAUGAGCGGGCGGUGAUUCUGGAGGAGGACGAAGGCUUGGAUGCCGCCCAUGGUUGCGCCGCGGCCGACGGCCAAAGCCAGCAAGUCCCGAUGGAAGAAGCAAUCAAUACGCACUUCGUCAUUUUCGUCGAGAAGGAUGGCUACCUGUACGAGCUGGACGGGCGGAAAAAUUUCCCCAUCAACCACGGGAAAUCCUCCCCGGAGACGCUCCUGCAGGACGCGAUGGCGGUGGUGCGACGAGUGAUAGCGAUGGACCCACAGGAGCUCAAGUUCACGAUGGUGGCGUUGAGCAGCGCCGCGGGGGGGCAGGAGGAAGAGUGA